AUGUGUAUCGCUUUGAUCUCCACCGCCCACCCGAACUAUUCAUUGAUCGUUAUCGAUAAUAGAGAUGAAUUUCUCCACCGUCCGACUUCAGAGCCAGACUGGUGGCCAGAGCCAUACUCGUAUGUGCUCGGAUCACGCGACCUAGCACGGUCAACCCACGGCACAUGGAUGGGAGUGACAAAACAAGGGAAACUGGCUGUCCUCACCAAUUACCGCGAGGAUAAAGCCUGUCAGGCCAUCGGUCAAUAUAGUCGCGGAGUAAUCGUGAACAAUUGGUUGACCAGCCCCCCGAAAGAGCAGACCACCCACAGCUUCGUACAGUCUAUGGUGGCUAGCGAAGAGGCGAAACGAGUGGGUGGAUUUAGCUUAGUAUGUGGGCAUAUAAAUAAACCAUUGGCUAUUGUGUCCAAUCGCUCCUCCGACAUGGAUCAGAUCGCCUGGGUUGCGGCGGAAAAGAACCAAACAAGAGGUCUCAGCAAUACAACAUUCGAUGACCGAUCAUGGCCGAAGAUCGUCAAUGGCGAACAGCUCAUGGCUUCUUCGAUUCAAGCUCAUGCCCAAGCUCAAGAAGACGAGGACGCAUUGAUUGAGCGUUUGCUCCAGGUGCUCAGCACCGAUACUUUGCCUCGGUUACCCAAUGAGCCCAACACUAUUGACACUUACACCCAGCACCUGCGAAAGAGUAUUUUUAUUCCUCUCAUUGGAACGAAAGACGAUAUCAACCGAGAUACAGAAAUGGUCGCUGCAGCUCAAAUCGAAGACGAAGUAAACAUGCCAGUCAACGGCGCAAUAGGCCCUGACUAUACUAGCGGCCCAUAUGGGACUCAGAAGCAGACUGUGCUACUCGCAAACCUUGACGGGCGGGUGCGAUACUUUGAGCGAACAUUGUGGGAUAGGAAUGUGGACGCUGUACCCACUGGACAAGGCGAUCGGUCUUUUGAAUUUCAGAUCGAACAAUAG